UGGGAUUUGUAGUUUUUGACGCCGCCCAGCUACGUCAGCGGAAGUUUUCUGAGCGUACGUGAGCUAGGUCACAUUGGUUCAGUUUUGUAAUGUUUUGAGAAACAACACCAUGAUGGAGGCAGCCAACGCAGAGGAGAUCCAACUGAGACAUGUGGAGAAAGAUGUCCUGAUCCCCAAGUUGAUGAGGGAGAAAGCCAAGGAGCGCUGUGCUGAGAAAGUUGAAGCCUUCAACCACUGCUGUAAAGAGUCUGGUUUUCUCAUGGCGUUUAAGUGUCAAGAGGAGAAUUCAGUGCUGAAGGAAUGUCUGACACUGCACUACAAAGACCCCAUGUUCUUCGAGGAGUGUAAGCAAGAGUACAUCCGAGACAAACUGGAGUUUGAAAGGACGGGGAUCCCAUCAAAGAACAGGAAACAAAAACUCCCCACUAGCAUGUAAUGAACAACAUGACACCCAAAGAACAUCCCUCCUCUGAAGGUGAAGGUACAGAGCAUGAUGCUCUAACCAGAACUAGCACCAAGUCCUGCACACUUAGUGGUCAUCAUGGUCAUCUGGCAGGGUAUAUUACUGAUAGAGCCACAAGCCUGUGCUUUAUUUAAAUCUGUGGAGUUUUUGUGACUGAAGCUACUUUGGUGUGCAAGAAUGGUAUAUAAUCAAAUCGAUGCCUAUUUUUUAUGUUCUUCAUUAGAUGGCCACAAUUGUUGCAUCAUAAUUAUCUUUCUCACUUAAUUGAAUCAGCAGUAUUUACCUUACAUUUACCAAUUGAUUGAUAACAAUGCAGGGCUUUGGCUGUAGAGGUGUGUGGUUGUAAAUUGAGGGAUGCUCAAUAUCUGCUGAGUAGUAAUAUGUAUAUGUUCUACAUACAGUGACAACACAAGUGGUAAUAAGGAGUCUGGCUUGUUGCCUUUGCCUAGCUCAGAAGGUGUAUAUUAACAUCAGAUCAGAUUUGUACAGUGUUGGACAUGUCUGACAACUAACCAAGCAAUGACAUGCAGUUACAGAAUCAUGUGAUCAGUUGGCAUAUGCAAUGAAAUGUGACACUGUAUUCUGUGGCAGUAAAGUCUAUAUCAGUGGCAAAUUAGACAAA